GUCCGGGUCAAUUCCGAGAGCAGGCCGUCUUCCGAGCGAAUCAUCUGCUCCGUCCUUACUCCUUACUACGGAGACCGACCAGCCCUAUCGCGGCACAGUCGAGGCGCGUCGACCUAACGCCUCUCCAUCCCACCGCACGACCCACACUCUGCGAACCUCUCUCGAAAUCGCGACAUGGCUGAUACAGAGGAACCGCGGUUUACCACGCUCGCUGAGCGCAUUGCUGCGCUGAAUCAGCAGAAGAAUUUCCAGGCUCCGCCGCCAGGCAAACGACCACCGCCGCCGCCGCCACCGGUCCGCUCGCUGACGGAAGAUGUGAGCAAAAAGUCCGCGGGGAAGAGCCCUACGAUCCCUCCACGGCCAGUCCGGGCUGCCACAGAGAGGCUUCCACCGCCGCUGCCACGGCGAACCACCGGACACGAGAAUGGCGAGCAGGCAGCAGGCAGUUCGCCGGGCCGACUCGCCGCUCCUCCUCCUCUGCCGGCAAGGAGCUCUCAGAAAGAUACUCCGCCAAAACUUCCCACGCGCCGACCCUCCACCCAAACGCUCGCCGCAAGGAGGAACUCCAAUGCUUCCGAUGUGUCCCAGCUCUCUGCCGUGUCCAGUUUGUCGUUGAACCACACCAAGUCGGCCACUCCAAGCAUAGCGUCAGAGACGCAGCCCUCUAGGCGGUUACCGCCGCCGCUUGAACAAGCCAAGCUGCCACCGCUGCCACCAACCCGGCGGGAGCUUGAGGCAAAGGCAAAGGAAGCGGCAGGAAAAGAGGCUUCAAACAGCACGCCGUCCCUCCCGCCCAGGCGCAUUGCGGAUCCGCCGAGAGCCUCCUUACCCCCUCGGCUCCCGUCGAGACCGGCCAACUCGCCAGCCGUCAUGCUCAGCGAAGAGCCAUCACCGGCGCUCCCAAUGCGGCGUCUUCCCCCGGCACCGUCCAGUUUCCAGACCAAGCCGUCUCCGCCUCUCGCACCGCCCCCCAUCCCCCUCAGCUCACGCCCUACCCUCGCGCAAAUCGAAGCCGCCGCCGCCGCGGCGACAAGCGUCUUCCCCUCUGCCCCACACCCUCCGUCCCAAUCUUACCAAGGCCCAGCCUGCCUCCCCUGCCGCGACUUCUCCGCGCCCGACGCCGUCGCGGCGCAGCACCCGACCUCCACCCUCCCACGGCACGGUGGUGGUGGCGGCGACCCCAUCGGCCACCUCGCCCACGUGCUCUGUUCCCCUUUCCCCUCCCCGACCGACAAGGCCCGCGCCAUUUUCACCUGGUGUCACCACAACAUCGCCUACGACGCGCACGGCUUCUUCAACAAGUGCGUCCCGCGCGGGCUGACGCCCACCGAGACCAUCUUUUCCGGCAAAGCCGUCUGCGAGGGGUACGCGCGCGUGUACGAGGCCAUCGCGACGCGGGCGGGGUUGGAGUGCGUGGUCGUCACGGGCCACGGGAAGGGGUUCGGUUUUGCGGUUGUCAAAGCGGGCGGGGCGAUUCCGGCGCGGAAUCCGACGGGACAUGCGUGGAACGCGGUGAGGAUUGAUGGCGGGGAGUGGAAGUUGGUUGAUGCGUGCUGGGGCGCCGGGCAUUUGGGCGGAGAUAGGCAGUAUCAUGCCGCGUUCGCGCCCGAGUGUUUUACCAUGAGCAACGAGCGGUUUGGCUGGAGGCAUUUCCCCGCUGAGGAGCGGCAUUGGUAUCGGCGGGACGGAGGGGGCCUCGCGUGGGACGAGUAUAUGCUUGGCCCCGCGAGGGAUGAGCCCGCGGAGUGGAUGGGGGAUGCCUCGCGCGAAGGACUUGAUGAGAGUACCUUUGCUCCAGCUCAGAAGAGGUUGCGUGUGCAUGGCGGCGGGACCGUAAGGUUUCAGGUUGCCAAGGUGUGCGAGCACUGGAUGCCGGAGCGGAAUGGGAGGGGGAAGCAGAUGUUGUUUGCGUUGAUGAUUGAGGGAGUGGAUGGGAGGAAUAAAGAUACUAUACCUCUGGAGAGCGACGGGUUUUGGUACUAUGUGGAUGUGAACACGCGGGAUCUGGGCGCGCCGGGGCAGCAAGUGAUGCUGGUUGGGAUUGAGACGUUUGACGGGCGGAGCGCGAGGGGAUUGACCAAGGAAGAGUUUUUGAGAGGAAAGGGGCAUUGCGGCUAUGGCUGCUGCGGUCUGGUUCGGUGGGAAUUGGUAUAAGGCACGGCUGCGGGACGGCGGUGUUUCUGUGCGAGAGCAUACACGUAUAAACAGCGCUUCAUACUACCUCUAGACUAAUAGCAUCCUUCAACACCCCAACAUGCACCACGAACCCCGAGUUGCUCCGCAAUCCCUGGCUCAACAACCCGUCCGGCACCCGCCACGUGUGAAACGACUUCGCAAACCGCGUCAGCCACGCCUCGAACACGAGCGGAUCCCUCAGCUGCUGCGCGAUCACGCACACGC